AAAAUUGUAGAAGAGAGGAGGGGAAAAUAAAGGGGGGAGAGAGGAGAGAGAGAAACAGAAGAGCAGAGUCAACUCGACUGGACCUUACUGAGUCGUGAAACCGAGUUGAAAUAUCCCCCACCUAAAAGAAACACACACAAAAAUUUCACACACAAACAGGCGUGAAAAAAAUGGAGAAGAAAUUGGGAGUCUUCUUUACUACUAUAGUAACCCAUAUCAACACCACUAUCCUCUCUAUCUUCUCUAACCCUAACACAAACAUCCAAACAGCGCUUAAUAUUCCUCGCCUUCUCUCUCUAAAAUACAUACACUUAUGUGUGUCCUUCUAUUCACCGACCCAUUAUCCCUUGCCCUCAAUUAUUUCUUCUAUUCCCUCUUUUCACCUUCUCCCUUUCUCAUACUGUUGUUUCUUCUCCGCCUCUCUUGUCGCUAGAGACCUUGAUGCACUACCUGGUUUAAUUGGCACGUGGGCAACAGGUGAUAUUGGUAUUGAAGAAUCUUAGUAAAAUGGAUCAAUCUAGGGUUCCUCGAUUGGAGGGUAUUGGAGUUGCUAUAAAGAAAAAGAGAAGCCAAACAUCACGCCGACCUAGACCUGAGGCGCAGUCGCUCCCUGACCAAUCCCCUUUGUCAUCAACACCGGUCUCAGAUGAUAUGAGUAAGGUUUCGAGUGAUGAGAAUAUUGGAGAUGGUAACUCGGGGGGGAAGAUGUUCAAUUUGAAUCAGUGUGUAUCAAGAUCAUUACCAGUUAGUGCAUCAGACAGUGGAUCAAAUGUGAUUCUAAGUAAUGGAACAAGUGAUGGAGCAGGAAAUGAGAAUAAACUGAAAAAGGUUAAGUUAAAGGUUGGUGGUGUGACACGCACAAUUCAGACCAAAUCCAGUUCUAAUGGGGCAUCAGGCAGCGGGUCUUCAGCAAAGACCAAUCAAUCGUCAGAUAAUGCUCGGCCACCACGACAGAGGCUGAACCCUCAGGAAAGUUCCGAUGAAUAUCAUUCACCACCUCGUGAUAAGAAGAGUGGCCUGCAAGGGAUCCCGUGGAAGGAUUUCGCCAAAGGUACUUUCAGUACUGUGAGGGACGAUAUGGGAAGGACCUUGGGUAGGAAUGCCUUUGAGAAGCAAGGAGAUAAAUCAGAUUCAGUUCGUAAGAGCAAAAGGGUGCCUAAGAGGCGGGUUUUGGAUGCGGAAUUUGAUGAUGAUGAUGAAGAUGAUGAGAUCCGGUACCUGGAGAAACUUAAGACUUCAAAGAUAACAGGAUAUAAGGACUCAGAGAUGCAGUCAACCAGAAAACCUCAGAAGGGGGGUAAGUGUGACAACAUGGAAGAUGUUGGAAGGUCUGGACGAGAUGCCAGGAAGUCCAGAUCGGGUGACAUGGAUUACGAGGAGGAAGAAGAAUUAUCAGAUGGUGAGCCUGAAGGGAAGAAGAAGAAAAAACAAAAGAAGGAUCUGUCGGAAUUACCAACAGAAAACAAGAGGGAACUUGCUCUUACAACACGUCAGCGAGCCCUUCUAAGCAAGGAUGCCUCUUCUGGAUCUGGUGCAAGUCACAUCGAGUUCCCAAAUGGUUUACCACCAGCUCCACCUAGAAAGCAAAAGGAGAAACUGUCAGAAGUGGAGCAACAACUGAAGAAGGCUGAGGCUGCUCAGAGGCGUAGAAUGCAGAACGAGAAAGCAGCCCGUGAAUCAGAGGCAGAGGCAAUUAGAAAAAUACUUGGUCAAGAUUCUAGUAGGAAGAAGAGAGAGGAGAAGAUAAAGAAGCGCCAGGAAGAGCUGGCUCAGGAGAAGGCAGUCAGUGCUCAAAUGCUUGCAUCAAACACCAUUCGGAUGGUGAUGGGACCCACUGGGACGACUGUCACAUUUCCACAAGAGAUGGGCUUGCCAAAACUCUUUGAUCCCAAGCCUUGCAGUUAUCCUCCUCCACGAGAGAAGUGUGCCGGUCCUGCUUGUACCAAUGCUUAUAAGUACCGUGAUUCCAAGUCAAAGCUUCCGCUCUGCAGUCUCCAGUGUUACAAGGCAAUCAAUGAAAAGAUGCAUACUGAGCAGGCCUGCUAAAAAUGUGGCUGUCUUCUAUUAGAUUGAUGCGAGUAUUCCUGCACAUUGAAUCGUAUUUCUACAUUCAGACGCCGCGAGGUAGAAAUAGGAAUUAGAAUAGUUUCGACUCUGAGAUGGACCUUUGCGAAAAUUAAUAUUUGCAGGAAGCUUUUUUUUUUUUGUAUCUAUUUGAGCCAUUAUUCUGGUAUUAAAAUUCCGAGUUAUUAAGCUUCAU